UCCCAUCCAGUCCCCUGUCCCCUAAGUCCUGCUCCAGCUCCUCCACGCGCCACCAAUCCACGGAGAUGGGCCUGAGCCCCUCCAAGCGCGUGGACGCGGCGCUGCGGCGCGCGCCGGCGUUCGCCGCCGCCUGCGACGACGCCUUCGACCGGUGCCUCGCGGACGCGCAGGGCGCGUUCCGGGGCGUCCGCCGCUACCAGCUCGCCGACGCCGCGGCGCGCCUCCACGCGUCGCUCCGCGCGUCCGUGCCGCUGGUCCGGCGCUGGGUGCCCGCGCCGCCGCCCCGCGCCCGCGUCGACGCCGCGCUCCGCGCCGCGGGGCUCGAGGGCGAGGCGGAGCUCUCCCGGGCCCAGCUCGGGGAGUUCGCCGCGGAGCUGUUCAGGGAGGCCGUGCUGGCCGGCGCGGCGGGGGCGGCGCUCGUGCGCGCCCCCGCCGCCGCCGCCGGGAUCGUCGGGGUGGGCGUGGCGGCGCGCGCCGCGCCCGCGGUGGUCGGGAGGGUCGUCGCCGUCUACGCCGCCGGCGUCGCCGCCGCGCUUUACCUCAGCCUGGGCUAGGGUAUAUCGUUGUGUGCUUCCCCAAUCCCCAGAACCUCCUGCGCUGUGCAAGAAACUACACCCGCGGCUCUGCUGCGUUGUCGUGUCCAGCUCCGAGUUCAUCGGCAGUUGUUGCGAAAUAAAAUUAUGAUCAGAUUCAACUAAAAUGCCAUCGAACUC